AUGGCAGCUGCGACUGCAAGGCAGCUGUUGGUCCACAGGAUCACAUCCUCCUGCUCCUCAGGGACGCUUCCGAAGCACACUUCCAGUUGCUUCCAAGCCGGAGGCUGGAACAAGGCCGCGAAGCUCCCCAGUUUCAGGGCAAGGGUGACCGUGAAGCCGCCGUGCGCCGUGCCGGGGAAGGGCGGCAUUGUGCCGGCCGACGACGACGGGGUCAGCCUCGGCACCGUGAAGCUGCCGGCCAACAUCGACGUCGCUCGGUUCGAGGGGUUGCUCUUUCAGUCUCAGCUUGGACCUUCAGUUGAACUGCUUGGUAGAACUGAUGUUUAUUUCGAACCUGUUUGGCAGUGGGGGAACAGUCUCUGCCAAGGCGCCAUGUUGCCACUGCCAGUGCCUAUCAAGGUGGACAAGGUGGAGGGUGGGAUCAGGCUAGGGUUCAUCGGGAUCGACGACGGCGCGACCUCGCUGCUGGCCUACAUCGACUGCCUGGUGUCUCCGGCGACAGACGGCUCUGGGUUUGUGUUCCGAGCCAUCAGGAACGGUGCUAUGAAGGACAUGGAGCCGCCUGGGGAGCCCAGGAUCAUGAGGAGCCUCCUCAUGGCGCUUCAGAAGUCCAUUCAGAUUGCGCGAGUUUGA